UCUAAAAAUGUGAUGUGGGAAAAAGAAAAGUGAUGCUAACGUGUAAGCUUAGCAUAAAUAGAUGCGUGGAAACAAACCAUUGCUUCAUUCCCCUCUCCUCAGUCCUCACAAUGGAGAAGUCAACAAGACCUCACAUAUUGGUUUUACCCUUUCCAGCAGAAGGCCACAUCAAACCCAUGUUUAACCUAGCCAAACUUCUUUCCCACAGAGGCCACAGAAUCACCUUCGUGAACACACAUCACAACCACAAUCGCCUCCUCCAAUUCACGGACUUGCCAUCGUUCCACACCCAAUUCCCCCAUUUCCACUUUGCAUCCAUCACCGACGGCGUGCCCGUUGACCUUCCUCCGAACGAGUUUGAACUGUUGAUCUCUCCGAGCAGCAGGUCCCAGGUUGCCAAAGAGUUCCGAGAUCUGUUGUGGGGCUUUGUGGAGAAACCUCGCCGGUGGGACCCACCUUGUUGCAUCAUUGCCGAUGGGAUUAUGUCAACGGUUUCUAUGAACGUUGCUCAAGAGUUGGGGGUUCCCGUGAUUACUUUCCGAACCUACAGUGCCACUGCCACCUGGGUCUCGAUUCAUCUAAGCAAAAUUAUUCAGGAGGGACUGAUGGAUCUGCAGCAUCCGGAAGAUUUAGAUAAGGUGCUCACAAGCAUCCCCGGAUUGGAGAAUUCAUUAAGAGAAUGUGAUCUUCCACCAAUUUUAAAAUUGAAACCUGGUAGUCUUUUCAUUGAUUUUUAUAUCAAAGAAACCUUGACCAUGACUCAAGCUUCUGGUCUUAUACUCAAUACCUUUGACCAACUAGAAGCCCCCAUUAUCACCAAGCUCACUACUAUAUUUCCCAAAGUAUACACUAUUGGUCCUCUUCACACUCUCACAAAGACUCAAAUCACAAACAAUAAUUCAUCAACCCUUCAUUUGAGAAAAGAAGAUAGAAGAUGCAUAACCUGGCUUGAUCAUCAAAAGGCAAAGUCAGUUUUAUAUGUUAGCUUUGGCACUUUGGUGAAGCUAUCACAUGAACAACUAUUGGAGUUUUGGCACGGUUUGGUGAACAGUUUGAAGCCUUUCUUGUGGGUUAUUCGACAUGAUCUUAUUAUUGGAAAAGGUGAUUUGGGUAACAAUGUUCCUAUGGAGCUUGAAUUGGGAACUAAAGAGAGGGGCCUCAUGGUGGAUUGGGCACCUCAAGAAAAGGUUCUGGCUCACCCUUCAGUGGGUGGGUUUUUGACUCAUAGUGGUUGGAAUUCCACAUUGGAAUGUAUUACUGAAGGUGUGCCUAUGCUUUGUUGGCCAUUGAUAGCUGAACAAACGAUUAAUAGUAGGUGUGUGAGUGAACAAUGGGGGAUUGGACUUAAUAUGAAUGGAACGUCUGAUAGGUUAAUUGUGGAAAAGAUGGUGAAGAAUUUGAUGGAGAAUCGAAUAAGGUUCGAAAACUCUGCGAAUGAGAUGUCAAAGAAAGCUCGUGAAAGUGUUCAAGAAACUGGUUCUUCAUUUCAUAAUAUGGAGAAUUUGAUCAAGGACAUUAGGUCAAUAAAGGUAAUGAGAUAAUAUUAUGAGUAAAUUAAACACAUUUUGUAGAUGAACAAUGAUAUAUAUUUAAUUUUUUAUUUAUAAGAAAGAUUAUAAAGAAUCGACGAAAAUCAAAUAAAUUUUCUCAU